AUGUCUGACUCAGUAAUUCUUCGCAGUGUGAAGAAAUUUGGAGAGGACAAUCAUGGGUUUGAGUCAGACAGCUCAUAUAACAAUGAUAAAAAAUCAAAGUUACAAGAUGAGAAGAAAGGUGGUAGCAGUCAAGUUGGCUUCUUUCGAUUGUUUCGAUUUUCUUCAAAGACUGACAUUUGCCUGAUGUGCAUGGGGAGUUUAUGUGCGCUUCUCCAUGGAGCAGCCUAUCCAGGUGUGCUACUCAUUUUUGGCACAAUGACAGAUGUUUUUAUUGAGUAUGACAUGGAAUUACAAGAACUCAGUAUCCCUGGAAAAGCAUGUGUGAAUAACACCAUAGUGUGGACCAACGGCUCCCUCAACCAGAACACGACAAAUGGGACACGCUGCGGGUUUCUGGACAUUGAGUCCGAAAUGGUCAACUUUGCCAGUUACUAUGCUGGCGUCGCUGUCGGAGUGCUUGUCACAGGAUAUUUUCAAAUAUGCUGUUGGGUAAUUGCUGCAGCUCGUCAGAUACAGAAAAUGAGAAAAUUUUACUUUAGGAGCAUAAUGAGGAUGGAAAUUGGAUGGUUUGACUGCAAUUCAGUGGGAGAGCUGAAUACAAGAUUUUCUGAUGAUGUUAACAAGGUCAAUGAUGCCAUUGCUGACCAAAUGGGUAUUUUCAUUCAGCGCAUGACCACGAGCAUCUUUGGGUUCCUGAUGGGAUUUUACCAGGGUUGGAAACUGACCUUGGUUAUUAUCUCUGUCAGCCCUCUCAUUGGGAUUGGAGCAGCCAUCAUUGGUCUGAGUGUGUCCAGAUUUACCGACUAUGAAUUAAGGGCCUAUGCCAAAGCUGGCUCAGUUGCUGAUGAAGUCAUAUCAUCUAUCCGAACAGUGGCUGCUUUUGGUGGUGAGAAAAAAGAGGUUGAAAGGUAUGAGAAAAAUCUUGUGUUUGCCCAGCGCUGGGGAAUUAGAAAAGGGAUAGUGAUGGGAUUCUUUACUGGAUUCAUGUGGUGUCUCAUCUUCUUGUGCUACGCGCUGGCCUUCUGGUAUGGCUCCAAACUUGUCCUGGAUGACGAAGAAUAUACACCAGGAGUUCUUGUCCAGAUUUUCCUUAGUGUCAUAGUAGGAGCUUUAAAUCUUGGCAAUGCCUCUUCCUGUUUGGAAGCCUUUGCAGCUGGGCGUGCUGCAGCCGCCAGCGUCUUUGAGACAAUAGACCGGAAACCCCUCAUUGACUGUAUGUCAGAAGAUGGUUACAAGCUGGAUCGCAUUAAGGGUGAAAUUGAAUUCCAUAAUGUGACCUUCCACUAUCCUUCCAGACCAGAGGUGAAGAUUUUAAAUAAACUUAGCACAGUCAUUAAAUCAGGGGAAGUGACAGCUGUGGUAGGAUCCAGUGGAGCUGGGAAAAGCACAGCGCUGCAGCUCAUUCAGCGAUUCUAUGAUCCCACUGAAGGCAUGGUGACCUUGGAUGGCCAUGACAUUCGCUCUCUUAACAUCCAGUGGCUCAGAGCUCAGAUUGGGAUAGUGGAGCAAGAGCCUGUUCUGUUUUCCACCACCAUUGCAGAGAACAUUCGCUAUGGCAGAAAAGAUGCAACGAUGGAAGAUAUAGUCCGAGCAGCCAAGGAAGCCAAUGCCUACAACUUCAUCAUGGACCUACCACAGCAAUUUGACACUCUUGUUGGAGAAGGAGGAGGCCAGAUGAGUGGCGGGCAGAAACAAAGAAUAGCCAUCGCCAGAGCCCUUGUUCGGAACCCAAAGAUCCUGCUUUUGGACAUGGCCACCUCGGCUCUGGACAAUGAGAGUGAAGCCAUGGUGCAAGAGGCACUGAGUAAGGUUCAGCAUGGGCACACAAUCAUUUCUGUCGCUCAUCGCCUAUCUACAAUCAGAAGUGCUGAUGUCAUUAUCGGUUUUGAACAUGGUACAGCAGUGGAAAGAGGCACCCAUGAAGAACUGUUGGAAAGGAAAGGCGUUUACUUCACUCUAAUAACUCUGCAAAGUCAAGGAGACCAAGCCUUUAAUGAAAAAGACAUAAAAGGAAAAGAUGAAACCGAAGAUGCCUUACUUGAGAGAAAACAGACCUUUAGCAGAGGGAGCUACCAGGCUAGCUUAAGAGCUUCCAUCCGACAACGGUCCAAGUCUCAGCUUUCUUACCUGGGACAUGAAUCGUCAUUAGCACUUGUAGAUCAUAAGUCUACGCAUGAACAAGACAGAAAGGACAAGAACAUUCCUGUGGAAGAAGAAAUUGAACCAGCCCCAGUGAGGAGGAUUCUGAAACUCAAUGCUCGAGAAUGGCCCUACAUGCUGGUAGGGUCUGUGGGUGCAGCUGUCAAUGGGACAGUCACACCCAUGUAUGCCUUUUUAUUCAGCCAGAUUCUUGGGACUUUCUCGAUUCCUGAUAAAGAAGAACAAAGAUCGCAGAUCCAUGGUGUGUGCCUGCUCUUUGUGGCAAUAGGCUGUCUCUCUCUUUGCACUCAGUUUUUGCAGGGAUAUGCUUUUGCCAAAUCUGGGGAACUUCUGACAAAAAGGCUACGUAAAUUGGGUUUCAGAGCAAUGUUAGGGCAAGAUAUCGGCUGGUUCGAUGACCUCAGAAAUAGCCCCGGAGCCCUGACAACAAGGCUUGCUACAGAUGCUUCCCAAGUUCAAGGGGCUACAGGCUCUCAGAUCGGGAUGAUGGUCAAUGCCUUCACUAACAUCGCUGUGGCUAUGAUCAUUGCCUUCUUCUUUAGCUGGAAGCUAAGCCUGGUUAUAGUGUGCUUCUUCCCUUUCUUGGCUUUAUCGGGAGCCAUACAGACCAGAAUGUUGAUGGGAUUUGCCACUCAUGACAAGGAGUCCCUGGAAGUAGCGGGACAGAUUACAAAUGAAGCCCUCAGUAAUAUCCGUACUGUGGCUGGGAUUGGAAAGGAGAGGCAGUUUAUAGAAGCGUUUGAGGCAGAACUGGAGAAGCCAUACAAGACAGCCCUCCGAAAAGCGAAUAUUUACGGACUCUGCUUUGGUUUUUCCCAGUGCAUUGUGUUUGUUGCUAAUUCUGCUUCCUACAGAUAUGGAGGUUACUUAAUUCCCAAUGAAGGGCUCCAUUUCAGCUAUGUGUUCAGGGUGAUCUCUUCAGUUGUACUGAGUGCAACAGCUCUUGGGAGAGCCUCCUCUUACACACCAAGUUAUGCCAAAGCUAAAAUCUCAGCUGCACGCUUUUUCCAACUGCUGGACCGACGACCUGCAAUCAAUGUGUAUAGCAGUGCAGGUGAAAGAUGGGACAACUUCCGGGGACAGAUUGACUUUGUUGACUGUAAAUUUACAUAUCCUUCCCGCCCUGAUGUACAAGUUCUAAAUGGUCUUUCAGUGUCUGUUGGUCCAGGGAAAACCCUGGCAUUUGUUGGGAGCAGCGGAUGUGGUAAAAGCACCAGCGUUCAGCUGUUGGAACGUUUCUAUGAUCCUGACCAAGGGAAGGUGAUGAUAGAUGGGCAUGACAGCAAAAACGUAAACAUCCAGUUCCUCCGCUCAAACAUUGGAAUCGUUUCCCAGGAACCAGUGUUGUUUGCCUGUAGCAUAAUGGACAACAUCAAGUAUGGAGACACCACCAAAGAAAUCCCUAUGGAAAAGGUUAUAGAAGCUGCGAAGCAGGCUCAGCUGCAUGACUUUGUAAUGUCCCUCCCAGAGAAAUAUGAAACUAAUGUUGGGUCCCAGGGGUCUCAACUGUCUCGAGGAGAGAAACAACGCAUUGCUAUUGCUCGGGCUAUUGUACGGGAUCCGAAAAUCUUGCUGCUAGAUGAAGCUACUUCUGCCUUAGACACAGAAAGUGAAAAGACAGUGCAAGUGGCCCUGGACAAAGCCAGAGAAGGUCGAACCUGCAUUGUCAUUGCCCAUCGUUUGUCCACCAUCCGGAACUCAGAUAUCAUUGCCGUCAUGUCACAGGGGACAGUGAUUGAAAAGGGGACCCAUGAAGAACUGAUGGCUCAGAAAGGGGCCUAUUACAAACUUGUUACCACAGGCGCCCCCAUCAGUUGA